UCACACUACUCACAUUCCAUGAACCAAUAUGCCUUGAAUUAUUUUCAAGUGUAACCAAAAUUUGAGGUUUUUUCCCCAAAGCAAAAGAUAAAUAAAAAAUAAAAAUGCAGAGUACCUAAUCAUGGUAGGAAGGGCGAAUCAGGGGUUUUGAUUUGCGAAGAAUCGCAUCAUCAAUUACCAAGAGACCCGGCGGCAAACUUAACGCGCACGGAGGAUUCCCUGUCCUCCUAUUUACCGGCGAUACGGGCGAAAACCUCUCCACACGCAAAUGUCCAAACCCUUACCUUCAAUUUGAUUCGGCCUUUGCCCUCACUGGUUCUUCUGUCUUCUUGUUAAACACCCGAGAUCGGAGAAGAUGCGAGCGGAGACGGCGACGCUGAUACUGGUGAAUUUAGCAGCGAUAAUGGAGAGAGCGGAUGAGUCGUUGCUGCCGGGGGUGUACAAGGAAGUGGGUGCGGCCCUCCACACUGACCCUACGGGGCUGGGGUCCCUUACCCUGUUCCGCUCUAUGGUCCAAUCCGCCUGCUACCCUCUCGCCGUCUACCUCUCCGUCCGCCACGACCGCACCCACGUCAUCGCCCUCGGCGCCUUCCUUUGGGCCGCAGCUACCUUUCUCGUUGCCCUCUCUUCCACCUUCUUCCAGGUAGCUGUGUCCAGAGCCCUCAAUGGGAUUGGCCUUUCCAUAGUUGCACCAGCAAUCCAGUCCCUUGUAGCUGACUCAACUGAUGAGAGCAACCGUGGUAUGGCCUUCGGAUGGCUACAGCUAACAGGCAACCUUGGCUCAAUCAUGGGUGGAUUCUGUUCAGUAUUGAUAGCUCCAAUAGCUUUCAUGGGGAUCCCUGGUUGGAGAAUUGCUUUCCAUCUUGUUGGAAUAUUCAGCAUCUCAGUUGGUGUUUUAGUCCGCCUCUUUGCCAAUGAUCCACAUUAUUCCAAUGAUGCGACUGGAGCUAGUGGUCAACUUCCAGAUAAACCCAUAUGGUCAGAAGUGAAGGACCUGGUCCAGGAGGCCAAGUCAGUUAUGAAGAUUUCAUCCUUUCAGAUUAUUGUAGCUCAGGGUGUCACCGGUUCUUUCCCAUGGUCUGCUUUGUCAUUUGCACCCAUGUGGUUAGAACUUGUUGGUUUCUCCCAUGAGAAAACUGCAUUCCUCAUUGCCCUCUUUGUGAUUGCUGCUUCGCUAGGGGGACUGUUUGGUGGUAGGAUGGGGGAUCUCCUUUCCAAGCAUCUCCCAAAUUCUGGUAGGAUAAUUCUAGCACAGAUAAGCUCCGGGUCAGCCAUACCUCUUGCAGCAUUACUGCUUCUGCUUUUACCCAAUGUCCCAUCCACAGCAGCCAUGCACGGGUUGGUGUUGUUCAUCACAGGGUUUUGCAUUUCCUGGAAUGGUCCUGCUACAAACAAUCCAAUUUUUGCAGAGAUAGUCCCUGAGAAAUCCCGAACAUGUAUCUAUGCCUUGGACCGAUCUUUUGAGUCCAUACUAUCAUCCUUUGCUCCCCCUGUGGUUGGAAUACUGGCUCAACAUGUUUAUGGUUAUAAACCAGUCCCUGAAGGGUCGAGUGAGUCUGAAGAGAUUGCCACUGAUAGAGGGAAUGCUGCAUCAUUAGCUAGGGCUCUGUACACAGCAAUAGGAAUUCCAAUGGCUCUUUGCUGCUUUAUCUACUCAUUCCUUUAUUGCACUUAUCCGAGAGACAGGGAGCGCGCACAGAUGGAUGCAUUAAUAGAAUCAGAGAUGCAACAUUUAGAAGACUCUAAUGACACACCUGCUGGAAAAGAGUACACUCAACUUUACUUAUCUGAAAUUGAUGAAACAAAUAGCAAGGAUAGAAGUAUUGUAGAAAUGGUAUAUGAAGAUGACAGUGGUGAUUUUGAUGGCAAUGAUGAGCAGAUUCCGCUUCACAGCCAAUGACAUUCUCCAAUUUAGGUGAAAUAGCAAUUCUAAAGAGCAGAGAAGCUGGAUCAUUUUCCACGAGGCUGCACUUCACUGAAGUAGCUCAACUUAUAAUAGCUUGGAGAUUAGUCAUACAUGGAACUCUAGGUUCAUUAGAAUGAUAAAGAUUUUGUACAAGCCAAUCUAACUUUGAAAUGAAAAAAAAACAGAAUUCAAAUCUCCAUGUGGUUUUGAUAUUGGACUGGAAAUUACCUCUAUACGUAGGUAAUGCGUGAUUCAACAAGAACAAAAAUAGCUUAUAAGAUUACCGUUUUUCAAUU